GUUAUGUAUACGAAAGAUAAGCAGAGAAUACCGAUAGAAGUAAACACGAAAUUACUUUGAAUUAUUUAAAUUGUGUUUUCAAUUAAAUCCUAGAUAAAAGUUCAAUAGAACCAGAGAAUAGAAACUUAACAGAACUGAAUAUGACACUGCCAGGUAUUGGAGUGUUUGGUACCGGGAGUAUCGUGAGGAUCAUUAUUCCGUUCUUAAGGGAAAAAGGGUUUAAGAUUGAAGCUAUCUGGGGACAUACCCUGGCAGAAGUAUCAGAGGUUGCAGCUGAUCUUGAAAUUCCAUUUCAUACUAGUCGAAUAGAUGAUGUACUGCUUAGGAAAGAUGUUGAUUUGAUCUUCAUCAUGUGUUCCCCUAGUUUACAUGCACAAAUUGCAGUGAAAGCUUUAGGAAUUGGAAAGCAUGUUGUGUGUGAUAAACCUGCUGGUUUAAGCCAAAGUGACGCCCUAAAAAUGGUACGGGCUGCGCAGUAUUAUCCUUCCUUAAUAAGCAUUGUCAAUCACAGUUUAAGAUUCUUGCCAGCAUUCGUUAAUAUGAAACAGGUUCUAGAGGAAGGAUACCUAGGUGGUCUUGUGACUGUAGUAGAAGUUAGAGUACACAUGGGCAGUUUAUUACACAAUGGAUAUGACUGGUUGUGCGAUGAUAUAAUGGGAGGAGGAAUUUUAGCUUUGGUCGGAAGUCAUGUAAUAGAUUUAAUCUUUCACUUGACUGGCCAACGUGCCUCUAGAGUACAUGCAGUAGUUCGUACUUUCACCCAAACUACAAAGCACAUAAAUGGAAUAAGGCAUGUUACAUCACCAGAUUUUUGUAGCUUUCAAAUGGAGUUGAGUGGUGGUACUUUGGUAACAGCAACUUUGAGCAAUCAUUUACAAGGUCAGCUUUCCCAAGAGGUAUUAAUAUGUGGAGGUAGUAAUCAUCUUCUUGCACGUGGUGGUGACUUAUACGGCUAUCGCAACGGACAAGAAGAAAUGUUGUAUGUUGAUACGGACGACUUGCAAGAUGUGACCUUUUCUAUUACUGACUCUGUUCCAAGACCUUAUGUCAAAGGAUUAAGAAACAUGAUCUCUGCAUUGAGACAAGCAUUUCAAUCUGUAGAAGAUAAAAGAGGUUGGAUAAAGGAACCAGUAUUCUCUGCUUCAACGUUUGAAGAUGGUUUGUACGUUCAAGCAGUCAUCGAUGCACUGCGACAAAGUAAUAAACGACGGGAAUGGGUAAAAGUUAAUAUAUUAACAGAAGAACCGGAUCCAAACCCUUUGUUAAGUGCAGCUGUUAGAGCUACAGCAAUUUCAAUAUAA